CUGUUCGCUGCUGGUCUCGUCUAUGGCUCCGGUUUGAAGGUUGCCGGAGGGAGCCUUGGUCGUCGGUCGCAGGUCGAGGACGUGGCUGGAAGUCGAAGGUCCCAGCAGUUGCCGAAGGACGGGGCUGAACAGAGCUCGGUCGCCGAGAGCUCAAAAUCGCCGAACAAUGGUCGGGGCUCGGAGCAGCCACGGCCCGGCGGAAAUCGAGGCCCGAUGUCGUCGGAGGUAGAGGCCCGUCCGAGGUCGCAGCCCGGACGUCGCGGUGACUAUGCGAUGCCUCCGAAGGACUGGGCUCGUCGGACGAUGGUCGUGCGUGCGAACGCUCGCCGGUCGGAGCUUUGA